UGACUCCUAGUGCUGGUGAGUUUUGGUCUCUGUAUCGUAAAUCCCGGUUUUGUUGCUCCCUAUAGAAAUGCCUUGCAGGUUUGAAUGUAGGGAGGGAUGUGUCUGUCCCUCACUGUCAGUCUGGUAUUUUGGGCUGGCCGUCAGUCUGAUAUGUUGGGCUUUGUGGCCAUGCGGCUGUCAGUCUGAUAUGUUGGGCUUUGUGGCUGUACGGCUGUCAGUCUUGUAUGUUGGGCUUAUGUGGCUGUAUGGUUGUAGUGUUCACAAUAUUUACUCUUAUGCUUUGUUGCUCAUUGUGCUAUCCUCUAUUACAUGUUUUUGAGGACGACCAAGCUUGGAGAUGAAGAGAAAGAAGCGCAAAAGACAGAAGAGAUAACGAAAAACAAGAAGAGUUGAAAUUCAUGGGUUGUGUUAAAGCAUAGUGAUGUCUCAUUAGAUCGGCUAUGGGAACAUCUCACAAUGCUGACAAUAUAUGUAGUGUGUGAUGUGUGUGAUUUUAUCAUGACAUCAUUUGAUUCGUUGUAUAGUGCACCUAUCAGCAACAAAGGAAAUACUUCAAAUUUCCAGUGAAUAUCAUGUCUAGGAUA